AAUGCAAGGAAAUGGGAAGCCCCCAGCACAUAGCUGUACUUCCAGAAGUUUUCCUGAGCACUGAUGUGAAUCCUGAGCAGCUGCAGCACAAACUGAAGUCACAGCACCGGUCCGUUAAAAGGAGAAACAAAGGUGGAUCCAGAGUAAUGGCUGAAGAAAUACAGCUGAGAGAAAAGAAGAGGAGUCUUCGCUCGGAUGGGUGUGGUCUGCACAACUUUGAUGCUCUGGAUCUGUCUGGGGGCUUGAGGAUUGUCCUUGUGGGAAAGACCGGAUCAGGGAAGAGUGCAACAGGAAACACUCUUCUCGGUAGAGCUGCCUUUAAAGAGGACCCCAGCCCACUUUCAGUGACCAAACAUUGUCAAACUCAGAGCGGGGAGGUCGAUGGGACUGUGAUCCAUGUCGUCGACACCCCGGGACUGUUUGACACGGGCAUUACAGAGGAAGACCUGAAGAGCAGAAUAGAGGAGUGUGUGAAGAUGUCUGUGCCCGGACCUCACGCUUUCCUGCUAGUGAUCAGGCUGGGGGUCAGGUUCACUGAGGAGGAAAGAAAUGCAGUGAAAUGGAUCCAGGAGAACUUUGGGGACGACGCCUCAAUGUACACCAUCAUGCUGUUCACGUGCAAGGACCAGGGCAAAGCUGACAACGCCCUGAAGGAGUGCAAGGAGCUGCGCAGGCUCUCCAUCACCUUCGGCCGCAGAUAUCAUUCCUUCAACAACAACGAUGCAGAAGAUCGCGUGCAGGUCACCGAGCUGAUCCACAUGAUCAAGGAGAUGGUGCAGGACAAUGGCGGGAAGCACUACACCAACGAAAUGUAUGAGAAAGCGCAGAAGAAGCUGAGGGAGGAGGAGGAGCGGCGGAGGCAAGAGGAGGAGGCGCAGAGACUGGAGGAGAGGAAAAUGUGGGAUGCAGAGCGAGAAAAAGAGCAGGAGCAGAGAGACAAGAAGAAGAAGGUCAAAAGGAAGAACGUGCGAGUGGCGGCGGCUGCGGCAGUGGUGCUGGUGUUUGCAGGGGUGGUGAUUGCCGUGGGGGCCGACACCACCGUGGCUCUGGCUUUAGGAGCUCCCGCUCUCCUUCUAGGAGUCAUUUGUGGCUUAGCAGCCAUUUCCAUAUGGAAAGGCCUGAACUGCAGGGCUAAAAGGAGCGCUGCUGUGUGAUAAUAAACAAUGAUCCUGCAUGACAGCAGACUGUGGUGACGUGAAGUAAACAAAACUUAUAAAAUACGAAGUGUCUGUUCAUUUCUGCCUUUUAGAAACAUAUUUGUGUUAGUUUAUUCUCAUAACUGCAAUGAUUUUAAAGGACAAAGUUAAAAUAAAACUGCAGACAAUAAAGACUCUAAUGGGAGCUAAGUGGAUGACAGCUGGUGACCACAUGACCACAGGAAGCUGGAAACAAUGAAGAACAUCCUCUGGGAGAAAAUCUAUUUAUAUUUCUUUGAAUGCAUAUAAUAAUUGUGUCCAAUGAUUAAAAAACAGCAACAUCAAAAAACAGAAGAGAAAACAUCACAAUAACUCAUUUGUUAUUCUUCAGUGAAGAAAAAAAAAAUCUUUUUUUAAAUAAAAUAACAUUUCUUGACUCCCCCUCUUUCACCUACAAUUUUCUUUUCACAAAAUAUAAUUUAUCAACAAGUGAAAAAUAAUUUGAGUAGUUUUAUUCAACAGUUUCCUGAAAGAAACAAAACACUAGUAACUGUGAGGAGUAUGGUGGCCCUGAAGGGUAAAUCACAACAGCAAAUCACUCAAAAACAUGUUAAAGAACAUAAUAACAACUACAAUGCAAAACAAAAAAAAAUACAUUUUAGAAAUCAAAACAAAAUCAUUAAAAACUAAUAGACAACUUCAGAAAAGAACCAAAGUAAUUUUCAGGAAUCGAAAUGAAAUAUUAAAAUAAGGAAACACAACACCAGAAAAGAUAUGAAGUGUUACUGGAUAUGCUCUGAACUAAUUAUAAAUAGGGCUGGGAAUUAAUU